AUUCUGGGAGAUUGCUGCUAGCACUCUGCUAGGAAACGUGUUUCUUUGGCGUUUUUCAGCCGCAAAUAUGAGGAAGAACUUUGAAAUGCUUCAUGCUGAGGGAGGAUUAUUGCGGGGUUAAAUGGGGGAAGAUAUUUCCAUGCCCUCCACUUUACCACAAAGUCACUGGUGAUAAUGGUCUUGGUGUGUCGCCGCUCGACUUUGUUGGAUCUGGUUUCCUUUCAGCGCAGCCGGAGCUGAGAGAUCUGGAUGUGCUGGGCCUUCUGGCAGCGACCUCUCAGGGGAUCAUCUUCAAGGGAUCUUCUUCUGUGUUUUGCAUGGCAGAGAUCUGCUUUCCUGCUGCCCCGCUAAAGUCGCAUGGCCUAAACGAAUGAAUAUUUUUAUGAGGCACCUCGGAGCAGAGAUGGGCCAGGACCAAACCAAGCAGCAGAUCGAGAAGGGCCUGAGGUUGUACCAGUCCAACCAGACUGACAAAGCGCUGCAAGUGUGGACAAAAGUGUUGGAGAAGACCUCAGAUCCUGGAGGAAAGUUUCGGGUUUUGGGAUGCUUGAUCACAGCUCACUCGGAAAUGGGGAAAUAUAAAGAUAUGCUCAAGUACGCCUUGGAUCAAAUCGACACGGCCAGAGAAAUGGAGGACCCCGACUACCUGACCGAGGGUUAUCUGAACUUGGCGCGCAGCAACGAGAAGCUGUGCGACUUCCACAAAACGGUAUCCUAUUGUAAGACCUGCUUAAACAUGCAGGGCACCACUGUCAGCCUGCAGCUCAACGGUCAGGUAUGUCUCAGCAUGGGCAACGCCUUCCUGGGCCUCAGCCUCUUCCAGCAAGCUUUGGAGAGCUACGAGAAGGCCCUGCGCUAUGCACACAACAAUGACGACAAGAUGCUGGAGUGCAGAGUCUGCUGCAGUCUGGGAAACAUCUACAUCCACCUGAAGGACUAUGAGAAAGCCCUGUUUUUCCCCUGCAAAGCGGCUGAGCUGGUCAACGACUACGGCAAAGGCUGGAGCCUCAAGUAUCGAGCCAUGAGUCAGUACCACAUGUCCGUAGCCUACAGGAAGCUGGAGCGCCUGCCAGACGCCAUGGAAUGCUGCGAGGAGUCUAUGAAAAUCGCCCUGCAGCAUGGCGACCGUCCUCUGCAGGCCCUGUGCUUGCUAAACUUUGCAGACAUACACCGCUACAGGCGGGACUUUGACAAAGCAUUCCCUCGUUACGAGUCGGCGUUAGGCAUCAUGACUGAGAUUGGGAAUCGUCUUGGACAAGGUCACGUGCACCUGGCCGUCGCAAAGUGCUGGCUUCUGCUGAAGGAAUAUGAUAAGGCUCUUGAUUCGUUAGAGCGAGCACAGGCGCUGGCAGAUGGAAUGGGAAACAAGCUGUGCACGCUGAAGGCCCACUGUUUGAGGGAAGGCAUCUACAGGAGCCAGGGGAGGCAGGAGGAGCUGCGCGAGCAGGUGGUGAAGUUCCUGCAGUGUGUGGAGGAGCUGGAACUCUACUGCGGCAUGUGCGGAGAGUCCAUCGGGGACAGGGACCAAAAGCUGCAGGCCUUACCCUGUUCCCACAUUUUCCACCUCAAGUGUCUGCAGACUAACGGGACAAAAGGCUGUCCCAAGUGUUUCAAGAACUCCAUGAAGCCGGGGUUUGUGUGAUUGCGCCACCGUGUUUGUGCUCAUCGAUGUCCAAACACGGCGCCUUGAUGCCUGAGAGGCUGCUGGCUGGUCUAAAUGAAGCGGGAGCGGCCUCGGGAAGUGAUGAAGGGAGUUUGAGGAGGGCCUCACAUGCGGCCAUGUGCUAGAAGGAUGCUGAACUGAAGCGGACGUCCUCACUUCUGAGGACACAAUGAAGGUAUGUUUUACUGACAUCAGUCUGGAGAGACUGAGGAGGACACUGGAGGUAGAAGUGCCACUCGACACAUUUUAUUACAGGCUGGAAUAGUCCCACUCUGUCUGUAGAGAGGAAUGUGGACUAUUCAGUACUUUACAAUUUAAGCCAUGCUAUUCUAAGCAAAAUCACUGUAUUAUAAAAGGAUGACAUGUCUUUAUUUACACCUAUUUAUGCAUAUUAUCAUGUGUUUUCUUGUUAUUUUCUUCUUGUACAGACUGUACCAUCAUGAGGUGUAGUGCAAAAACUUAACCAGACUCUCAUGUCUUUACAAAACUUGCAUACAGCUGUUUUCUCCAUAUUUAUUGAGAUGAAAGAACCGGGUCGACACACAUUGUGUUCUUCAUAGAAAUUCCUUGUUUUCUUUUCCACAUCAACAGUGAAGGAAAUCUACUGGUUGGUUGCUUCAAUAUGGGUUUGUCAUGUAUGUAGUCAUAUGUAAAUAGUUAUCGAUUGAUUAAAUAAUGUGAGGAGCUUUAGAAUGGAGGACUCUGCAUGUCAGAUCUUGCAUGUUUCAUUAACUAUAGAACACCAUACAACUACAAUGAAUAAUCCAAAUCUCUGUAGUGGUGGCUUUACUGACUUGGGAAUUUGCAUUUAAUUAAAUUAUUUAGCUGAUCUCAAACUCAUUAUGUAUUUAUUAUUUAUUUUUUUAACAUUGGGGUUGGAUAAAACAUUAGAAACGUGAUGCAUUGCCUUUAUACACCACUGCAGACUAAAACAACUGUAAUAAUAGAAAUCUGUACAUUUGCAAAGGCAGCACUUUUGAUACACAGCUCUUGCAUUGGAGCUGAUUAGUGUACAGGGGUGGCUAAUGUGUACUUUCUUUGACAUUUGUUUGCAAUGCUUUCAAACCAUCACCGUUUUAAAGUUCAAAGCUUGCAAACAAUUGAAUUCUAUUGAUGCCCCAUCACGAAACGUGAUACAUUGUUGUUUUAAAUAAACCAAACCACUUCAUCAGCUCACCACGUCAAUGUAAGAAUAAACUACCUCUACAUCCUGUCAUGUUAAACAGAGCACACAUUCAGAUCAUAACAAUCCCAGUGAUAGCUGUCGUUGUCAGUGGAAUAAUAACGACUUACAAAUUCAAGGAUUUGAACACAUUUUGACAAAAGCAGGGUUUUUCAAAGUGUGCGGUGACCUCCCUUGGAGGCACCAGUAGACAUCAUUGAAGGAACAGACAAAGAAUUUGAGUCCGGGGUGAGCAGGAAACUCCGCAGAACAGUUUUCUAGGGGGCAAGGGAUGCUCCAAACGUGUUACAUUCUCUGAGGGACCACACUUUGAAGAGCCCUGUUCUAAAUGUAACACUAACACUUGUAUUCGUAUUCUUAUCUCAAACAUGGCGGCACAAAGUGUUGCAUAUAUUACCUGUCUGCCUCCCUUAUGUGCUACAUUGUGUUUUUAUGUGUAUGAAUGUAUUCAGUUGUCCAGUGCAAUGUAUCUUGUUUACAAAAUAAAAGAUGGAAAAAAAAAAAAGACAUUGUGGUAGAAUUCACACCACUUUAUUCCAAC